GGAGGGUCGUCACUAGCUACCAUAGCCACAAAGUCAUAAACCCUUAAUAUGUCUACAAUGUAUCUUCUUAAAAUGUGAUUUUUAAACCUAAUUUUAACUUUAACCAUACUCCUACCCUUAUCCCUAACUUUAAAUUACGACCAAAAAGCAACAAAAAAAAAAUCAAUUAAUUUUUACAAUAGGCCUAUAGCCAAUUUUGACUUUGUGGCUGUGGCAACUAGUGGAACCCGCGGGGAGGUCUAGGAGGCGGGGCCAUUUUCAGGUUGGGGACCGAUUAUUAAUCUUCGGAUUUGCGCUCGUCUCGGCUACAGGUAGUCUUCAAAUUCCGGCAGCUAGUUUAUAAAUUGAAUGAGAUAUAUGUAAUAGAAACGCAGCGAAACACACGCAGAGAUGACAUGACAUAAGGAAAACGUUGAAAAGAUAGAGCUAUAAAUGAGGUGCUCUAGUCAAAAAUAAGGCGAUACGGAGCGCUAUGCAAGUGAAGUGAACCACCAGUGGCAAAGAGUCUAAAUUGUUAUUGGAGGUAAGCUGUUUUUUAAAUAUACUUUGAGACUGAGACUUUUAAAACAAUAAUUUAAUUUAAAAGGCGCACUGACCACAGUUGCUUUAUAUGUGGACUUUUAGACCUGGUUUAAACCUGCUGACAAAUAUAGUUGUCAUGUUCUUUCUUUGAUUGAUUUAUUAGGCCUAAUUAUUUCUGAUUUAUUUCGUGCGUUUUGUAUAUCGCGUUUGUUAAUGUGUAAAGCAAUAGAGCAAGUGUGUCAGCUCUGCCGAAGUUGUGAUGUUACAUAAGGGAUAGGGGAGGAGCCGCGCACGUUUGAUACACAUCAUACACGUUUGUCCUAGUGGCCCUUUGUUUACAAAAUAACACCACAGAAAGUUACCUAUAAACAAAAGCUUCGUCGGAACGUCUUAAAACCUGCCAUUGUGUAUCAUCAUGAACAAGAAAGUGUAAGUUCUCAGGGGGCUAUAUAGACGCACAGCGUUACUUUGUGCCCCUCUAAAAAGCUUGAGGUGCAAAUAGAUUUCAUUUAGUCAGCUAUUGUUUAAUACAUCGAUUUUUAUCCAAUCUUUCUGCUUACAAGUCCCAUGACUGACUUAAAGCUCUUCUCCAAGAGACAAAUAUGUUUACCUCAACAGCUGAAAUUCAUGGUGGGGCUUGAGCUGUUUAUAUAAUAUAUAUAUUUUUUUUUCAGAUACUGUCACUUAAAGAGAGAAAAUUGAGAGAUUGGGGAAAGAGAGAGGGAUGGAGGGAGGAGAGACGAAAUUGUGUAAACAUGUCUGUCAGAAUAGGGUUAACCUAUAGGGUCACACAGUGUUACAUAAAGAAGCACAUUUACAUCCGUAUACAGUAUAUCGCUCUAAAGACUUCCCCACACACACAUAAAUAUGCUAAAUCACUUCUGAAGCUCUCAUGAUCAUAUCUAUGUUAACCACCAUGAUUUAACAUCUCCCUUAGUGUGCCAUCAUGUCUGGUCAUGGGGCCGCGCACAAUUGGCCCAGCGUCGUCCAGGGUAGGGGAGGGAAUGGCCGGCAGGGAUGUAGCUCAGUUGGUAGAGCAUGGCGUUUGCAACGCCAGGGUUGUGGGUUCAAUUCCCACGGGGGGCCAGUAUGAAAAAAAAUAAAUAAAAAAUAAUAAUAAUAAUGUAUUAUUAAUGUAUAAAUUAUUAUUAUUAUUACACUAACUGUAAGACGCUCUGGAUAAGAGCGUCUGCUAAAUGACGUAAAUGUAAAUGUAAAAAAUGCAAAAAAUGUGUAUUUUUCAUGGUGAUGUUUAAUUAGUGGGUGGAUGUGAUAUUAUCAAACACACACACACCCCCCCCCCCCUCCCCCCCCCCCACAUAGCCCACCCACCCAUCCCCCCCAUCCUCCCGACACACACACGUACAGCCCACACACACAGGACCCUGCUGUAUCUAGGAGUGAAGAGGAGACAGACAGACAAAGGGAACGGGGCUGUGGAGGGAGAAGUGACUGAGGAGGAGGAGCUAAAUCAGAGAUUAUGUAUCCAGCAGCAUACAUAAUAAUGUCAUUUCAACCCACAAAAGAAAAACUCCUCACUAGAUCAUUUUUUCUGGUACUUGGAGCCAAAGUGUUUCUAUUUUGUGACAGGAGCUUUUUGAAGUACCAUAGGCCUACGCAUUUUAAAACAUAUUCCAGGGAGAUGUUACUCAAUGGUGUGUAUUUGGUUCUUCAUCAGAGCUCAGUAUGCCUCUGGAGCAGGCUUGUCUAAGUGGGCGAGAGCCACGUGCAUCCAGCAAGCAUGUCAAGGACAGGAGCAACGCUGCCACCCUGCUGGCCUCAAGGAGUACUGCAGACACCGAGUCCUACAGAAGAGGCUCUCGCUGCGGCUCUGAAAAAGAUUCUGGAUAUUCCGGUGAGGGAGAACAUUCCGGACACUCACUCGCCCCCAAAACGUGUCAAACACCCACCCACCCCCUCGCUCUUUCUCACUCAAUGCGUUUCUCACACUGCCAGACUCCCUCAUGAGUCAUGACACAUGCUCACUCAUAGGCCAGGCAGUGCAUGUCACAGCUCCCAAUAGGAUUACUGACUACAGUAUGACAAGUAUGUGAUGUGCAACCAAUCAGUCUGAAGUGUUGUAUUCCUAGAUAGAGAAGGACACACAUGUAGUCUACAUGCACACUGGAGUAUUGCUGAUAUAAUUCCAUGAAUUCCUUCAUGAGGAGUACUAAAUUACUGUCCUUGAUGAUGUGUGAGUAUGACCUCACAGUUACAUGACUCACUCAGUAACCAGUGGGAAAUGGUAUUAAAGGAAUCGUGUGUCACAUUUCUUGUGAGGACAGCUCCCAUCCCCCCCUGUAUUUCUUCAAUUCUUUACACUCCACUCUUCCCUUAACCUGCUUCUCUCUCUCUCUAAAUUCAAAUUCAGGCUGCUUUAUUGGCAUGAAAAACAUUGUGUCAAUAUUGCCAAAGCAACAAUACAUUGUAAUAAAAUAAAGAAUAACAAAUAAUAAUAUAAAAUGGUAGUAAAUAAUAAUACAUAAAUAACAACAAUAAAAUGGUAACAGUCAAUAGAAAUAUAAUACAUAGAAAAGGCUAAAUAUGGAAAAUGAAACUAUAACUGACUUAUAACUAACUGUCAUCCUCACCAUUACAUCAGUACUACAACUACCAUCAUCAUUACUACUACUACUACCACCACCACCAUCAUUAAACUGCUAUCAUUACCAUCACCCCUACUACCCGUACAACUACCAUUUAGAAUAAUAAUCACAACAAUAAUAAUAAUAAUAAUAGUAAUAACAAUAUUAUUCAUAAUAAUAAUAAUAAUGAUAACAAUAAUAAUAAUACUAAUAAUAAGUAAAUUACUGCUUACUAUGCAGAUGUAAUUAUUCAGUGUCCCUCAGGCUAUGGCAGGCAAAUACAUAUUUGGCUGCAAGAGGAGCCGUUGCUCCCUCGCCCAUGACUAUUUUUAGUUUUUCCUCUGGGUUUAAUAAGUUAAAAUUUGGAAUAAAUGUAGUAAUUUCAGUGAAUAAUGAAUCUCUUGGUGAGGAAUAUUUCUCACAGUAAAGGAGAAAGUGCAUCUCUGUUUCUACCUCCCCUGUCGUGCAGUGACCACAUACACACUCCUCUUUGGGUAGCCAUGUUUUUUUUAUGUCUGCCGGUUUCUAUUGCCAAUUGGUGGUCACUCAGCCUGUACUUGGUAAGUAUCUCUCUGCUUCGUAUCUCUGACAGAGUAGAGAUAAUCAGCCAAUUCAUAUUCUCUGUUCAGAGCCAGAUAGCAAUUUAGUCGGCUUUGGGAUUUUGUUUUGUUUUUCCAAUGUUGUAAAUAUGAGUCCUUUGAUUGGUUCAUGAUUUUGUUUAUUUGAAUUAUUUAUUUUGAAGCAGUGCUGCUGUCAGCUUGGUUGGUUAGGUCCAACACCAGCUGACUGAGAGGGCUCGUUUCUGUGCUCAGCUCUUGGGUUUGAAGUGCUUUAAAUUGGAGACUUGAAUUUGGACUUGAAUUUAGGUGUAGCCAAAAUUUUAAUGAUCUUUUUUGUACUUUCAUUACCACUGGAAAGCGGCCCAAUUCUGCCCUACAUGCAUUAGUUGGUGUAUUUCUUUGGACUUGUAGAAUUGUCCGACAGAAUUCUGCAUGUAGGGCUUCAAUUGGGUGUUUGUCCCACAUUUUAAAGUCCAGUUUAUUGAGUGGCCCCCAAACCUCACUUCCUUAAAGAGCUAUUGGUAGGAUUACGCUGUCAAAUAUUUUGGUCCAAAUUCUAAUUGGGAUGUUGAUUUUGAAUAAUUUCAUUUUUAUUUCAUACAAUGCUCUGCAGGCUGUUUCUUUGAGUGCAUUCACUGCCAUAUUAAAGUUUCCCCGAUGCAGAUAUGGUCAGACCAAGGUAUGAGUCAUUUUUAGUGUGUUCAAUUAGGGUGUUGUCCAGGGUGAAUUUAUAUGUGUGUUUCUGACAUCUGGUUUUUGUUCUGGAAAAUCAUGAUUUUUGUUUUUUUGAAAUUUACUGCCAGGGCCCAAUUAUGGCAAUAUUGCUCUAGAAUGUUAAGAUUCUGUUGAAGACCUUCUUUGGUUGGUGAUAGAAGUACCAAAUCAUCAGCAUAUAGCAGGAAUUUUACCUCUGUGUCAAAUAGUGUGAGUCCUGGGGCUGCAGAAUGGUCCAACAUGUCUGCUAAUUCAUUUAUAUAAAUGUUGAAAAGGUUUGGACUCAAACUGCAGCCUUGUCUCACACCUCGACAUUGAGAAAAUAAUUAUGUUCUUUGGUUUUAGAUUUUUAUUGCACACUUGUUUUCGGUGUACAUACAUUUUAUUAAGUCAUACACCUUACCACCAAGCCCACUUUGGAGAUCUUUGAAGAAUAGCCCUUCGUGCUAAAUAGAAUCGAAUGCUUUUUUAAAGUCAAUAAAGCAAGCAAAGAUUUUGCCCUCUUUUUUUUGGUGGACGUAUUUAUUAAUUAGUGUGUGUAAGGUGUAUAUAUGGUCAGUAGUGCGAUGGUUUUUAUUUAUUUUAUUUCACCUUUGUUUAACCAGGUAAGGUUGGGGAGAAAGCCAAUGUGACAUUUACAGUUGAAGUCGGAAGUUUACAUACACCUUAGCCAAAUACAUUUAAACUCAGUUUUUCACAAUUCCUGACAUUUAAUCCUAGUAAAAAUUCCCUGUCUUAGGUCAGUUAGGAUCACCACUUUAUUUUAAGAAUGUGAAAUGUCAGAAUAAUAGUAGAGAGAACAAUUUAUUUCAGCUUUUAUUUCUUUCAUCACAAUCCCAGUGGGUCAGAAGUUUACAUACACUCAAUUAGUAUUUGGUAGCAUUGCCUUUAAAUUGUUUAACUUGGGUCAAACAUUUCGGGUAGCCUUCCACAAGCUUCCCACAAUAAGUUGGGUGAAUUUUGGCCCAUUCCUCCUGACAGAGCUGGUGUAACUGAGUCAGCUUUGUAGGCCUCCUUGCUCGCACACACAUUUUCAGUUCUGCCCAAAAUGUAUAGGAGGAUUGAGGUCAGGGCUUUGUGAUGGCCACUCCAAUACCUUGACUUUGUUGGCCUUAAGCCAUUUUGCCACAACAUUGGAAGUAUGCUUGGGGUCAUUGUCCAUUUGGAAGACCCAUUUGCGACCAAGCUUUAACUUCCUGACUUAUGUCUUGAGAUGUUGCUUCAAUAUAGCCACAUAAUUUUAUCUUCCUCAUGAUGCCAUCUAUUUUGUGAAGUGCACCAGUCCCUCCUGCAGCAAAGCACCCCCACAGCAUGAUGCUGCCAUCCCCAUGCUUCACGGUUGGGAUGGUGUUCUUUGGCUUGCAAGUGACCCCCUUUUUCCUCCAAACAUAAUGAUGGUCAUUAUGGCCAAAGAGUUCUAUUUUUGUUUCAUCAGACCAGAGGUACCAGAGUACGAUCUUUGUCCCCAUGUGCAGUUGCAAACCAUAGUCUGGCUUUUUUAUGGCGGUUUUGGAGCAGUGGCUUCUUCCUUGCUGAGCAGCCUUUCAGGUUAUGUCGAUAUAGGACUCGUUUUACUGUGGAUAUAGAUACUUUUGUACCUGUUUCCUCCAGCAUCUUCACAAGGUACUUUGCUGUUGUUCUGGGAUUGAUUUGCACUUUUCGCACCAAAGUACGUUCAUCUCUAGGAGACAGAACGCGUCUCCUUCCUGAGUGGUAUGACAGCUGCGUGGUCCCAUGGUGUUUAUACUUGCGUACUAUUGUUUGUACAGAUGAACGUUGUACCUUCAGGCGUUUGGAAAUUGCUCCCAACGAUGAACCAGACUUGUGGAGGUCUACAAUUUUUUUCUGAGGUCUUGGCUGAUUUCUUUUGAUUUUCCCAUGAUGUCAAGCAGAGGCACUGAGUUUGAAGGUAGGCCUUGAAAUACAUCCACAGGUACACCUCCAAUUGACUGAAAUGAUGUCAAUUAGCCUAUCAAAAGCUUCUAAAGCCAUGACAUCAUUUUCUGGAAUUUUACAAGCUGUUUAAAGGCACAGUCAACUUAGUGUAUGUAAACUUCUGACCCACUGGAUUUGUGAUACAGUGAAUUAUAAGUGAAAUAAUCUGUCUGUAAACAAUUGUUGGAGAAAUUACUUGUGUCAUGCACAAAGUAGAUGUCCUAACCGACUUGCCAAAACUAGUUUGUUAACAAGAAAUUUGUGGAGUGGUUGAAAAACAAGUUUUAAUGACUCCAACCUAAGUGUAUGUAAACUUCCGACUUCAACUGUACUUAUUACAUUUUUUUCUUGAUGAAAGGUUUGAAUUCUUGAAAUAAAAAUGCGACAGAAAACCUUUCCCAAGUUGCAGUUUACACAUAUUCCCCUGUAAUUAUUGGGGUCUGAUUUGUCUCCACUUUUGUGGAUAGGGGAGAUGAGCCCCUGGUUCCAGACGUCAGGAAAGCAGCCAGAAGUUAGUACCAUGUUGAACAAUUUAAGCACAGCAUUUUGCAACUCAAGUGUGCUGUUUUUCCAGCAUUUCAUUUCUGAUAUUUAGACCACAAGCUUUCUUUGGUUUUAUAGAUUUUAGCAUUUCAUUUAGUUCUUGUUGGGUUAUUGGGUAAUCUAAUGGAUUUUGGUUGUUUUUAAUGACGGAUUCAAGUCUUUUUGUGGGAUGUUUUUGUAUAGAUUAUCAAAAUAAGUUUUCCAAAAACCUUCAUCUUGUACAGCUAAUUCUUGUGGCUUUGUCGUGCUUAAAUUGUUCCACAUGUCCCAGAACUGAUUUUGGUCAAUUGCGUUUUCAAUUUCAUCAAGUGUCUUUUUGAUAUAAUUCAAUUUCUUGCGUUUCAGUAUAUGUUUAUAUUGUUUCAUAGUUUCAAAGUAUUUAUAGCGUAGCUCUGGGUUGUUUUGCUGCUUAUGUUUAUCAUUUGACAUUUGUCUUAGGUGUUUUCUAAUUGUUUUACAUUCGUUAUCAAACCAUUUUUCAGAAACAUUUUGUUUUUUGUUUCUGAUGUAUUUCUUUGGUUUUCUCAAAUUUGCUUUUGAUGCUGCUUUUUGGAAUAUUCAAUUGAUGUUUUGAGUAGCCGAAUUGACACCUUCUUUAUUGUUUUGGUGUUGUGAGUUAUUGAAGACCUGUAUAGAGUUAAUCAUUUCAUUUGAGUUCAAUGUUUCAAUUAAUUUCUCUGCACUGUUUGGAGCCCAUCUGUACGAUUGGUUCAUGUUGUAGAGUUUAUUGGGCUGUUUUUUUAAUGGGUAUUGCUGGUUAAUUUCUUCAGAAACACGUUGAUCUGACUGUGAUCUGACAAUGGUGUCUGUGGUCUGACAGUGAAUGCACUAAUGGAGGAAGGGUCGAUGUCAGUGAUGGCAUAAUCGACUACACUUGUCCCAAGAGCUGAGCAGUAAGUAAACCGACAUAAAGAGUCCCCUCUGAUUCUACCAUUAAGCAUGUACAGGCAUAAGGCUUGACAGAGAUGCACUAACUCCUUCCCGUUUUUGUUCAGUAUUUGGUCAGGACUGUUUCUAUUAUUUAUAAUAGGGCUACUGUACAAGGAGGGGUGUCCAAAUAUGUGGACGUAACCUCCCGCAUCAGUGUAGUCAGGCUCAGAACCUGUUCUCGCAUUGAAAUCUUGACAAAGAAGCACUUUACCCUCUGCCUGAAAUUGAAGGAUUUCUGUAUUGAGAUUGUCAAAAAACGGAUCAUCAUAAAAUGAUGAAUCUGAAGGAGGAACAUAAGCUGCACAUAUGUAUACAUCAUUGUCACAAUAGAUUGUACCUUUGUUAAGUUUUAGCCAAAUGUGGCUAGUACCUUUAUUCAUUUCAUUCAGUGCUAAAUCCUUCUUAUGCCAAAUUAUUAUUCCACCUGAGUCCCAGCCCUGUUUAACAUUUUUAGUUUUGAUUGAUGGUAGUAAACUUUCUCUAUAGCCUGAGGGACACUGAGUAUCAAUGUCUCCACGACACCAUGUUCCAGUAGGAUUAUGAUGUCCUGUCCCUUGAUGUUUUUAAGAAAUUCUGGAUUUGUUGUUUUAGAACCAAAAUGUGAAGAGUAUAGGCCCUGGAUAUUCCAAGAGCUGAUAGUUAAUGAUCUCAUUUAUAAUAAGUGAUAUUCACUGGUUUGAGUAAAGUACAUUGAAAAAAAUAAAAAAAAUAUAUAUACAUACAAACACACACACAUAUAUAUACAUACAGUGAGGGAAAAAAGUAUUUGAUCCCCUGCUGAUUUUGUACGUUUGCCCACUGACAAAGAAAUGAUGAGUCUAUAAUUUUAAUGGUAGGUUUAUUUGAACAGUGAGAGACAGAAUAACAACAAAAAAAUCCAGAAAAAUGCAUGUAAAAAAUGUUAUAAAUUGAUUUGCAUUUGAAUGCCUCUCUCUCUCUCUCUCUCUCUCUCUCUCUCUCUCUCUCUCUCUCUCUCUCUCUCUCUCUCCUCUCUCUCCUCUCUCUCUCUCUCUCUCUCCUCUCUCUCCUCUCUCCCUCUCUCUCCCUCUCUCUCUCUCUCUGUCCCUCUCUCCUCUCGGCUCCCUCUCUCUCUCUCCCCCUCUCUCUCUCUCCCCCUCUCUCUCUCUCCCCAUCUCUCUCUCUCCCCCUCUCUCUCCCUCCCCCUCUCUCUCUCUCCCCCUCUCCUUCUUCCUCUCCUCCAGACAACAGCUGUACAGACUGGCUCCAUGUGGAUAGAGAGGACCAGGGCAGCAGCGCGAAUGAACCCAGGGGAAGGGAAGGUCUUCAGGGCCAGGUCAAGCCCGGAGGCCCCGACCUCACCCCCAUCUUCAUCAUCAAGAACGUGGUGCUCAAACAGGUGAGAGAGGUGGGAGGCAGGCUUGAGGUCAAUUCCACUCAGUUAGUCAAUUGAGAAAGUAAACCAAAUUCCAAUUCCAAAUGUUCCUAAUUGAAAAGCAUUGAAGAGAUGGGAGGACUAGAGCAUGAAACUGAUAAGAAAGACAGCACAGGAGGUGGGCAAUCAUAAGGCAGGAGAACUAAAAGGAGAGACAAAUAGAAAGGAGGAAGAGGAGGUGACAGGUGGAGGAGGAAAAGGAGGUGUCAGGUGGAGGAGGAAGAGGAGGUGACAGGUGGAGGAGGAAGAGGAGGUGACAGGUGGAGGAGGAAGAGGAGGUGACAGGCGGAGGAGGAAGAGGAGGUGACAGGCGGAGGAGGAAGAGGAGGUGACAGGCGGAGGAGGAAGAGGAGGGGACAGCGACAGGUGGAAGAAGAGGUGACAAGAGGAGGAGGAAGAGGAGGUGACAGGGACAGGAGGAAGAGGAGGGGACAGGAGGAGGAGGAAGAAGAGGUGACAGGCGGAGGAGGAGAGGAGGUGACAGGAGGAGGUGACAGGUGGAGGAGGAAGAGGAUGUGACAGGUGGAGGAGGAAGAGCGGGUGACAGGUGGAGGAGGAAGAGGUGGUGACAGGGACAGGUGGAGGAGGAAGAGGAGGGAACAGGUGAAGGAGGAAGAGGGGGUGACAGAGACAGGUAGAAGAGGUGACAGGUGGAGGAGGAAGAGGAGAUGACGGGGACAGAGUGUGAGGAAGAAAGCAGCUUUUGAAUCAUCAGAAAAUGAGUUGUCUGAUAAAUGUUACAGUGAGCCAGGUCAGAAUGAUCAAAUGGUUUAAGGGAUGUAUUUGAUGGCACCAUAAGACUCUUACAGCAAGUCCCCUCAAAUAAGUUGCCCUUUUCUUUACAGUAUGUGUUAGCACGAGGAGUUGCCUGUCUUUCUCUCAUCUUCCCUUCAUCUUUCAUAUUUCCUGCCCCCCCCUCCCCUCCAGAAUGGCUCAGACCAUCACCUCCAGAACCAGCUAAACUGGGAGAACAGAGGAGGAAGUUCCAAUGAAUCUGGCCCCUGUCAUGUGAUCCUGGUCCAGCAGCCCAGUGAAGCCUCGCCCUCACCCGCAUCCCCAAAGCCCCACAGAACACAGUCCCGGAGAGCUGACAGCACAGCCAGGAAAACCAAAAGCAGAACCUACCUGCCCAUUCUUAAGUCCUACCCCCGUAUCGCCCCACAUCCCAGCAAGAAGCCCUCAGACAAGACCCCAGUGGACCCCCAUGUUAAGGGGACUGGCAAUGAGGACCAGAGCCAGGACAAGAGGGAUGAGGUGUCCACUACUACUCACUUACUGACACCAACCAGAAAACAUGUCCGGAAUCAGCCGGACCCCAAGAGAAGCCUGUCCCACUGGAGGAGCCCUGCCUUCUCCCACUCCCCUAGUCCCCGCUCUCGACCCCGCUCUCGAUCUCCCUCCACACUUUCCAGCUUUGGCUCCCCCUCUGUGUCCAGCUCCGACACCACCACCGCCUCCUCCUACUCCUCUUCCGGUGGCUCCUCUCCCCUCCCGGCCAGCAGGUGGCCCCGCAGGCACAGUCCAGGCCUGUCCCAGUUCAGUGCGGCGCGCGACAGGCGCUUCCUGAACACGGUGGGCAUCCUAAGCCAGUCAGGCCUGCUUGACAUCACGCUGCGCACCCAGGACCUCCUCCGUCAGACCAACGCCACAGACCGAGACAUCACCCAGCUCCGCCAGCACACCCAGCUGCUGUUGCAGGCCACCAACCAUCACAACAACAACAACCCCAAUAACAACAACCCCAGUAAUAACAACGACAACAACAACCCCUAUAACAACAACAGUCCCAAGAACAACGAUCCCAAUGCCAACACAGCCAACGCGGGCUGGGAGAGGAUACACCAGGCUAUGGCUCAGUCAGGCUGCUACCCCAGCCUCAAGAACCUGGGGAGUGAAGAGGAUCACCACAGUUAUAGUCCAGAGCCAGGAGUGGGACGGGACGCCAGUUUCAAGAGAGAUUCAGUUGGCCCUAAUAUCGCCACUCAUACCCACAAUGGUUUGGAGGCCCCGGCCCCACCCUCGCCCCUCCUGGCCCCCAUAUCAGAUCUGCUCCCACAGUACUGCCCUGUUUCCCUGGCAUUCUCUAAUCAGCGUCACCACGUCCCGCUCUCACUCUGGGCAGGCCAGAGCCAAACCCCCUGAGACAUUCACCAUCAUGCCCCCUGACAGUUCCACCCAUGGGGUUUUCUCUAGCACCUGCCCAGGGAAACGCAGGGCACCUGGCCAGUUUGUAACCCUGUGUAACAAUCAAUUCAGUUCAUGCUCCAAUGAACCCAAAGUAUGUAGUCUGUAUAGUAACAUGUUUCCAACGGUUACCCCAGCAGAGACAUUACUAGCCUCCCAAACAAAGACAAUAAAGGUUGUUUUGGCCUCUUCUUCAAAGACUGCUUGAGGAAAUUCCUGGAGAUGCUGAAGGGAAGAGGUUGAACGUUUAAUGACGCGUGAGACAAUGUUGAAACGAACAGCGCUACGCUACACUGUAUUUCUGCACAGCGUCUGAAUGCUACUCAAUGCCUGCCAUAAAAACUCUGCUUCAGCUUACCUUUUUGUAAGCUGAAUAUCAAUAAACUUCACCCCGUAUAGAGAAAAUAUACUGAUAAUGUGCAUUAUUUUUGUAUUUGCCAUACAUAAAACAGACUGACCAGGUGAAAGCUA